AUGGGACGAGCGAAACUGAACAUGGAACUGAUAAGCAAAGAGAAGUCGAGAAACAUAACAUUCAAGAAAAGGAAAGAGGGAUUGAUCAGGAAAAUGCAUGAGUUCACUACAUUGUGCGAUGUGAGUGCAUGCAUGAUCAUCUAUGGUCCCAAGCAAGACAAGGGUGGAUCAAACGACCCGGAAAUCUGGCCUCAAGACCUCGACGAGGUACGUCGGAUCAUCGACAUUUACAAGUCCAAGAACAGGGAUUCCGGCAACAAGACAUUCGGCCUGUCGGACUUCUUCCAUGAUCGUAAGAGGAAGAUCGAGGACGAGCUUGCGAAACUACGCAAGAAAAACAUGGAGGCCAAGUACCCGACUUGGCUCGAGUUCAUGAACUCCAGGACAGAACCCCACUUGCGCCAGUUUGCUGCCGCAUUGAGGAAUAAAGCGGAGUACUUGAAAUCUAGGAUUGAAUUCUUGAAGAGAUCGAGCAAGGAAGGGUUUUCAGACAUGAAUAUGAAUAUGAACAACAUGAAUAACGGCAACAUGUUGGAUUUUGCUCAUUCGAGGUUGAGCCAAUCACACAGCUUUUACACUCCGGGUGUGCGAGGGAUAGAAUUGGAAGUGAUAAAUCAGCAGGCCAUUCACUACCCCACGAUCGAUCACCUCCAAGAAUUGCAUUCCCUCAACCAGAACUCCAUGAUGAUGCUUCUGAUGAACGACAAUGAUCACUGCGUGCAGUUGGGUGGCGCAUCCACCACCGGGAACAUCCAGUGCGCCACCUCGUUUAAGCGCCAGGCCGUUUUCUAUGAGUCCACGGCCGGACGGGGCGUGGUUGACCCCAUGAUUUGCCACAGCCCGAGGCCGCUGGCAAGGUACUACGCCCCAACAAUACUACCGCCUGUUCUGCCCGCGGUUCAGGUUCCGCCCACGACGUACAUGCAGUGUCCAGCAGUGCCGGGGGUGGCACUGCCGCAGCUGGAGUUGUCGGCAAGGGAGAACAAUGAUGGUGGUGGACAAGAGGAGUUUGUGCAGUAUCAGAUGAAGAACAAUUGGACAAGGUACUAUGACUAGGAAGGACAGAGCUAUGAUGUUAGAAUUGGGAGAUGUGUAGGUUAGUGAA